AUGCCAAUCACCGGUGUUUACUUUAUUCCCUCCCACCCAAACUCAUCAACCGCCCUCCCAGCCCUCACAGAGCGCCUCCGCGCCGCCUUCCCAGAUGAGGAGCUCAUCCCCACUGGCCGGUGGAAUCUCGAGCAGAAGCUGAUGCGAGAUACCCCGGGCCUGAUCGCAUCACCCAACAGCCCUUCGAAACCCAGCUACAUGCAAUUCCUCCAGCUAACGCAUUACCCCAAACACGGCUUCGUCUACACCUCCGAGCCGCCUGAGAAGACUCUCCAGCACCCAGCUUCUGCCCACCCGGCCCACGCUCCCAGUGCGCCAGGCGCUGUCCCUUCCAAUGCUUCUGCGCCGGCAGCGGCUCCAAUAACCGUAUCUGGCUCCCAGGCUAGCACUAGCACCGCGGCCCCAGAUGCCCAGCCCAUGGUCAUGGCUACUCUCCCCACCUCGUCCUUCGGCACGCUGUUUCACCAUUUCACCUACGCGUGCCAGCCAUUCUGGUGUCACAAGCUGACUGUCGCGGUUCCGGCUGGGAUCAUCUACGAUCUUGGGGAUUUCCGUGUGCGCCUCGGCGACGUGCGCCAGACGUUUCCGACGGGCCGAGUGCGCGGCACCAUUGUUGAGAUCGAGUGGCGUGGGCCAUCGGUCAUCGAGACGGCUCUCGCACCCAAGGAGGGGAGUGAGGAUGCGGAUUCCGGGAUUGAUGUCGACUUCUCUGCGGUCGAGGAGGCCGACGUGGAUGCGGAGUAUGCUGCUACGGCGGUGCUGAUUCGGGAGUUCUGGGCCCGGUUUAGUGUCGAUGGGGCACGGGAGGCUAUUCUGGUUCCUGGGAUUGGGAAGGAGGUGAAGGAUCAGUUGCGGAGGUGUAGGGCCGGAAAGAAAAAGAAGGUUGAGAAUGUGGCGUUUAGCUUGGGGGGUGUGGUUGUGGACGAAGAUCCGGAUCCUAAUGCUGGAGCGGAUUUGGCGAGGCAGUAUAUGGAGGUUUUGCGGUUCAAUCGGUAG